CGUCUUCUGUGUUAUUUCCUAACUACGAAAAAGCAACGUCGUCUAGGGUUCGUCUCAGAAUCAGCUCCCAUAGCCAAAAACACCUCGAAUCUCCGCCAUUUUCAUCGCAUCGAUGACCUUCUGAGCUACGAAACUCACUCUUUCUCCAUUUCUCUCUCUUUAAUUUCCGAUUGCAAUGGACGAGUCCUUCAAGAACCUCCCCACCAGCCAUUUGCUCGGCUCAGUUCCUGCUGUUAUCAAUGAAGAAAAGGAAAAGAGCUCCACAAGCUAUGAGGCGCCAGGUGCUAAUAUGCAAAUAUUCCCACCCACUAAUGGAGGAGACAGAGGACGGGGCUAUCAAACUCUUGGAAGUUCGACUGAAGGAUUUGAACAACAACCAGCAAACAACUGGAAAGGAGUAUUUAGCAUCUCAUCAUACAUUCAAUAUUUCAACGUGGAUACGGACAUCGUCUUGAACAGAUUGCUUAGUUCCUUAUAUCCCAUUGGCGGAGACUUUUUAAGCAACAUCGAUGCUAAUCCUGACUUAUAUGGGCUAAUCUGGAUCUCCACUACAUUGGUAUUUGUACUUGCUUCACUUGGAAAUUGUGCCACGUACCUCAUCCAGAAGCACACUGAUAAGGGUACUUCUUGGAGCUUCAAUGUUAGCUAUAUGAAUGUGGCAGCGGGUUCAAUCUAUGGUUAUGCAGCUGUGGUGCCAUUGGCAUUCUAUUUCUUGCUUCAGUAUGUGGGUUCAAAUCCUAGUCUUGUUCGGUUUUGGUGCAUGUGGGGAUACUCUCUCUUCAUUUUUGUGCCGGCCUCCUUUCUCUUGCUAAUCCCCGUAGAGUUCCUCCGGUGGAUAAUCAUAAUCACCACUGGUGCUGCCUCGGCCGGCUUUGUUGCCUCGAAUCUGAAGUCUUCUAUAGAGGGAGGUGAUCUUACAAUCCUAAUGGUGGCAGCAUUUGUCUUGCAAUUCGCUCUGGCAGUCUUCAUCAAGGUCUGGUUCUUCCCAUGAGGUUGAUUGUGUUUUAGUAUGUUUGGACAUAGAAGAAGUUAGUUAAGUAUCUACUCGAGAGGAAUUUGUGUGGGGCAUUUGAUUAAUCAACCGGAACGAUAUUUUUCUCCAGAAGACACGUCUGUUGUAUGUUGGCAUUACUCACUUGAUUGCAUUAUAACUCGAUGAAGAUCCUGAGACAUGUAACGGGAGAAAGACACUAAUGUCUGACUGACAAGUAUUACUGCAUUGUAAUAGGGAGUUUUGCAGUGGCCCAAAGCUUUUGAGAAAAGAUUAACGAAGGCGAGAAUGUUUUUGUGUGGAAGUUUUCUUGUUUGAAUCCAGUCGUGUAUAUACCGUUUUUCUUGUAAGAUUUCAGUGUUUCGUCCCAUUGGUUUA